AUGGCGAUAAUUUACAAGGAGACAAAGGUCGAUGUGCGACCCGUCGAAGCAAACGCCAUCGUCGACAUCGAAAUCCCUACAGCAGAAAACGCGCAGCGACGAGUCAGAGUAUCUCUGUCCUCGGGGGCAGCGCGAGCUGACAGCACACCGAUCAAGGACGACGAGGAUUUCGCCAGAAGAUACCUAGCUACCCAAGGCUCGAUCUAUUUUCGCCAGCGAAAGAUUUACCCGCGCACUUUCUUGUGGAGGGUAGUCAACGACAGCACUGUGCUAGAGAUUCAAUCGGCGGAUGUCUCAAAAAGUAUCGUGGAUAAACAUGAGGCAAAUCUCACACUUCGCCUAGAUUUUCAAGAGGCUAUUAUACCAUCUGGAGUUGCGCUGGCCGAUACCGAGGAUCACGAAGUGCUCAAUGUUUUUGUUCUCACAACCUCGAGACGUCUUCACACAAUAACACUCCGACCAGAGUUUUUCCGACGUUUUUCAUCGAUAGACGAGAAUAUUCAAGAUUGGUGCAAAUCUUUUAUACCAUCACCUCUAACUUUCACAAACCCUCAUCGCUUGCAUGCAUGCAGCACAACUGCAUUGUUUAUUGCAUUGGACAGUGGCGCCCUACUUSGGUUGACGAGACGAGCCGGUGAUGAUGGAUCGCACUGGUCGCAAAUCACUUUCGACGAAAAAACUUGGGGGGCAUCACUUCGUGGUUACGUACCAUGGUCGAGUGCACAGCGCAUUUCGUACGAUGGUCGCAGUCUUGAUCCUAUGACCCCGAACUCCAUCGCUACCACGUCGGAUCAGACCUACGUCUUUGCAGUCUGCUUGAAUCAUACAUUGAAGGUCUGGAAUCUCGCGACAAAUAAGUUGGUAGGCACAAAAGAUCUUCUCGAUCGACCAUUGCCAAAGCAACAAUCGGAUUCUACGGCAUACUUCUUGAACCCAGCGGAUUCAGUCUUUUUGCGAGUCUUUAACGCCGAGCGAGCGUUGGACGGAGGAUACCGUUACUAUGUUGCCACAUACACACCUCAUGAGAUGGGACAAUUCAAGUUCUGGGCAGUGAAAGGAGGUCUGACUACGCCAUUGACCAUUGAAGAUUUAUUCCCACAAAAAGUUUUCAGACCGUCGGAUCCCGAUUCCACGGGCAAUAUGUUUUGGACUGUUGCGGACUUUCAAAUACGGCCAAUGGAAGAAGGAACGAGAAUGGAACUGUGGGUGCUUUGGCGAAACAACGGCCUAUACCAACUCUACACUCUGCACUUUGGUUUCGAGAGUCUUGAGCAAGAUUGGUCCUCAAACUGGACAUCAACCGCUUGGGACUCUCGGCGAAACGAACCAGCUCCUGCUCUGGUGGUUUCGGACGUUGUCGACCCGACAGAGAAAUGGAUCGAGUAUUUUUUCCAUCCUGGACGCUACACAGUCGAAACUUUGGAAUUUGCCCUUACUUCUUACCAAGAAGCGCUCAAGCCACGAACAUCCGCUACUUUCCUCAAACGGAGUGCACCCCUGCAAGAACGGCUAUGCUCUGCUAUAACUGCAUCCGUUUCGUUGAGGAAAUACGCAGAAGACGAUAUGGACUACGCUAAGUAUCGAACAGACACUGACCACAAAUGGCGACAGUUCUGGCAAGUUGUCGAAGAAGUUCACAACAGAAGACUUGAGCCGGUCUCUUUGGCAUAUGAUACCUAUAGUGAUCUACCGUGGGUGGUCACUACAGACGCAUGUGCUUUGAUUCGGGAAUGCAGCGCGACAGAAUUGCUGUUGCAUAACUCUAAGUUGAAUCUUGAACGUGAGCUGCCUAUGAUUGCUGAUCGUUGGCGACACCGCAAACUCGAGACGGAAGUCGGCAACCGAUCCGCUGAUUCGUGUCAUAUCAUCAAGGUUGCUGCCGACUUCAGACAGCGCCUCCCUGCUACAGCAUUACGUACUUUUGAGGAGGCUUUGUACAGCGAGAUUUUCUUAGAGCCUCUGCUUUCAACGACGGAACGAUUAGCAAGUUUCAUUGACCAGUCAGAACUGUCGGAACAUGUCUCAGAUGACAUGUAUAAUGGUCUCUGUGCCGCGAUGAAUAAGCAGAUCAAUAUCUACCAACUACCCAAAGAACCUUUCCAGAUUAUUCUUGAUACGCUUUUUAGGAGAUUCAUAGAGAAAGACUCCGAGUUAUCAUUCACCGCAUUUGGAGCGAAAGUUCUAACAAAUGGCUCUCAAGAAGCUAUAUCCCAGAUACGUCGCUUGUUGCAUGAUCUGCUCAUUCUGGUUGUAUUUGUCGAAGGUGAGAUAAGCCAGGAGCAGGGAUCAUCGUUUGAUGCAGCAGAGUUAUUCCCUAUCCUCAUUGAUCUCAUCAAAGAGUGCGAAUUGCUACACUGGUUGGGCUCCCAUACUCGAGUAUCGCCUGACCGCAGCGACUACGAAUCUGGCGAUGUGCGUGCACAAUCUAAGAGAAUCGGUGCUGUGGAUACGGUCCUUCGGGAUCUUUUCGUACCGCGCAUCCUGCCACACCCGCACGUCAAUCUCCCUCAGAGCUUCACGUUGACAAAGAGCAUCUCUGAUCUUAUGUCUUGGGUUGUUCGCGCAGGACUUGUCACUCGAGAUCAUGCCUUGGUACAUAUUCAAUGCGAUCUCAUAGCACAUGGCAACCUCGAAUUGGCUAGUGACUUUUUGAAAUUUCAGCCCAGCGAUGCCUGGUCUAAUUAUAUCAAGGGCAGACUGUUUGUAGCUAGGGGAGAAUUCAAUACAGCAGCAAUACAUUUCCAAAAGGCUGCAUAUCAACUUGCUUUCGGAAGGCCUCUUGGGGAUUUGACAUAUAUGUCAUCUGGCCUGCUUGACCUGCUUUCUGCGGAUCAAUUUAAUAAUGGCCUACCAAAGUACUACCAACACAUACUGAGCCUGUUUGAAAAGGCCGGCUCAUUCUCACAUGUUGCGGACUUUGCGUCUUUGUCGCUGCAAGCACUGGAGUCUGAUCCUCAUAAAGUAACAGAUGACCCUGAUUAUGACGGUCUUCGAAUGGAUGUACUGUCUCGCAUGUUUCAUGCUUCUUUACGAACAUGUCAAUUUGAUAAGGCCUACUCAGCGCUUUCCCGCUACACAAACCUCCCAUUGCAAAAGUCUGCGCUCGGUUUAUUGAUCAAGGCCAUUCUUUCGGCGUACGGGUCCGGAACAUCGGGUCUUGAACAGCUACUUCAUUUUCCGCUAUGGCUCACACCUAAUUUCUCCUCUUAUGUUGAUGAAACACUCUUGUCUCUUGCUCGCAAACAGACUUCCUUUAGUUCAUCUCUCGACGGUGAUGCAUGGGAAAGCAACUAUACUCCAGACUAUCACCGAAUUCUGCACGCCUACCGUAUUGCGCGCAAUGAUCUACGUGGCGCAGCGGAAUUGGGUUAUCAAACCGUGCAGCGAUUGCGAUAUGCCAGAGACUCUCCAAUUGCACAGCGGGCGCUUAUUCGGCGUGGCAAAGUGGAUGAAGAGGAGUCCAAGCGCAUGGUUGAAGAGGAUGAUAUUGAGAGUAAGGAAAUCCGACACGAACUACUCUCGUUGAUCAAUCUCUUGGCGUGUGUCGACAAGUCCGAGGCGUAUAUCUUGGUUGAUCUCGAUGCUGUCAUUCCUGCAACGGCGCCUGCAGUUGGCGAGGCAGAAACGCCUGGGAAACGACAUGCCGAUGAUGAUGAUGAUGUGUUUAUGGACGACGGCACCCCAUCCAAGGCUCCGUCUGGAAGUUUCUCUCAACGACGCCGGAGCAGCGGUGCUGUCUCAAUGGACAGUGCCAGACUGACGCUUACCAACAACAACAAUAACAAACACAAACCCAGUCCACGGCGCGUCAUUGUCACUCUCGAGCAACUGCGGCGCGAAUACCAAUCAGAGCUCGACCGUGUAAGUCGAAUUCAGCGCGGCGACUGGGAGUUUGGGGUUGAUGAAUAUGAGGGCAUUGAAGGGGGGGCUAUGGAUGAAUCUUUGCUGGACUUUUAG